GUCAUUUCUACUAUUUUCUAGGGUUGGUUUCAAACCGUAUCAAAACUCUAUUUCAAAAAAAAAAAAAGGUAUCAAAACUCAUUGAGCGACGAAGGAUAAUGGAGAUCUGCGGCGACAAAUGGAAGUCGUCGGACGAUAUGAAGGCGGUGUUGUCCCGUCCGUCACUCGCAUCACGCUUUUCGUUUGGCGAAAGAUUUCCGUGGUGGCUGCACGCAACGACCUUUUCGCCGAGAAAACGAACAACAGAAGGGGCGGCGAUGGAGUCGAAGCCGCCGUUGAACAAGGAUGGCAUGGUUGCUUACACCUCCUUCUCUUCCAUGUUUUAUCCUGGACGAGCAAAAGUGUUGGCAGAAGAAUGGCCCAUGGUGGAGUCGGCCUUGGGAGAGUAUGGCAUGUCAUGCAAACUCGAUUGGGAUGGGAGGUUCAUAACAGUGGCAACGACGACAAGGACUAGGGGUGCAGAUAUUGUUUACAAGGCUAGGGACCUCCUUCAUCUUCUGGCAUUGACUAAUGUUCCACCAUCAAUGGCCAUACAGAUACUGGAUGGCAGGCUGCAUUGUGACAUCAUCUGGACUGCCAAUUGUUACGGUGGUCUUCUCUCUAAACUUUCGUUUAAGAGUAAGGGGCAAUAUUUUACACGGAUGAAAAAUAUUCGGCGCAACGUGGAGGGCCUUGUAUCUGUAUCCGGUUGCUCCCUCUUCAUUAAUGGAUUUUCUGUCACUGCAAUUAGCGCAAUUCCUGAAGGACUAUUGACGAUCAGGGGUAUUGUGACAUCCUGCAUUGUUAAAGGUCAGAAUCCUGGAACUGCUGUCAGGUUGUUGAAAUUGUUUCAAGAAAGGAAUGGACAGACAGAGAAUCUCGAGAUGGAUGCUUAUGGGUUCAAAACUGCUCCUGGAGCAAAACUGAGAUUCUUGAAGCGAUUAGGUGGGAACCCAUUAGUUGAACAGAAAAAUUCGGAGCUUACCCUGACUAGGGGGGAUGAUGUCGGGGAACUGAAGCCAUCCAUUGGGAACCCGCGAGUUGAACACAAAAAAUCGGAGGAUGACCCGACACCAGAAGUCAAUCACACAGAGUUUUCUUUAUUUGGCCCUUCGUUGAACAAAGAUGGAAUGCUUGUGUGUGGUUCGUUCUUCCUUGAUCAUCGAGAAGAUCGAAGCCGUUCUAGAAGCUUGGCCACUGUUGAAGUCGCUUUUAGAAGAUUAUGGCAUUUCAUGUACAAUGUAUCUGGCUGAGCGUUUCAUGACAUUAUCAACAACCAGCGGGACUGAAGAUCCAGAUAUUAUUUACAAGGCUAGGGAUGUUCUUGAACUUUUGUCAUUAACUCGUGUUCCACCAUCAAUGGUAAUGAAAGUACUGAAUGAGAAUCU